GCAUUGGCGGCAGUAAACAAGAUGGCCCCGACCAUUGAAAGUAAUGUGCCUCGGUUAUCUAAAUGGCAUUUAGCAAUCAUUUUAGGUGUAGGUACUCCUUUAGCUGUUGGACUAGCGUACUGGUAUAUAAAAAGAAAUAAAGAUUCCAAAAAGGUAGACACACCGUCCGAAGAUAUUUAUGAAAAUUCCACGCAGAGCGAGAAAAAACCCGAACGUAGCAAGUCGAACUUUGGAAAAAGUGAUAAGUCAAGUAUUCCCGAGACUCCAUAUGAAAAAGCAAAGGCUUUCAAGGACAAGGGUAAUAAACUUUUUAAGGAAGGUCAGUUUGAUAAAGCAGUUGAAUGCUACACAAGUGCCAUUGAAAUAUGUCCAUCAAAGCAUUCAAAUGAUUUAGCCACAUUUCAUCAAAACAGAGCUGCUGCCUUUGAAAAUUUAAAAAAUUUUCAAGCUGUAAUAGAUGAUACAACAAAAGCUCUGGAAUAUAAUAAAUCCUACGUGAAAGCCUUAUAUAGAAGAGCAAAAGCCUAUGAAGAACUUGGGGAGCUGCAGAAAUGUUUAGAAGAUGUAACUGCUGUUUGUAUGUUGGAUGGAUUUCAGACAGAAUCUUACUUAAAAAUGACUGACAAAGUAUUAAAGGAACUAAGCAAAAUAGUAGCCAAGGAAACAUUCAGUAAAAGGGAACCCCAACUUCCAUCCAAACAUUUUGCUCGCCAUUAUUUCAUUUCGUUUAGUGAGGAUCCUAUAAUGAAAUCUGUUGAAGAAUACAAGAAACAGAAGAAAGAUCCUCAAGAUUUAAGUGGAUUUCGACUAGUCAUUCAUCAUCUUGCAGAAGAAAAUUUUGAAGAAAUAAUUCCCAAUUGCAAUGUGGAAAUUGAACGUUGUGGUCCAGAUGUACCAGAAGCUUACUUAGUGAGAGGUACAUUCAGGCUGCUUCAGGGACAAAUCCAAGAUACCUUAGCAGAUUUAAAUCACUUGCUUUCCAUGGAAAGUGUGGAUGUAAAAGUGAGAGUUAACUGCCUGAUCAAAAUUGGAACAUUAAAAGUGCAAAUGGAAAAAAUGGAUGAAGCCUUAGAAGAUUUCAAUAAAGCCAUAGAAUUAGAUUUAAAUAAUGCUGAUAUAUAUCUGCACAGGGGGCAGGUAUAUCUCCUUAUGGAUAGGAUUAGUGAUGGCUUGAAGGAUAUGGAGAAAAGUUGCUCCUUAAAUCCAAAUUUUCCAUCUGCUAGGGCACAGAAGUGUUAUAUUCAAUACCGCUGUGGAAUUCAAUUUAAUGAUGAAAGCCAAAAAAAAGCUGCUUUAAAAGGGUUCGAAGAGAUUGAAGCAAGUUUUCCCAAGUGUCCAGAAAGUUUUUUCCUUUAUGCUCAGGUACUGUCUGAAUGUGGCGAUUAUGAAAAAGCAGAGAUGUGUUUCAAGAAAGCUGGUGAAUUAGAUCCUAAUGAUCCAAAUGUUUUUGUUCAUAGGGGCAUUCUCUUACUUCAGUGGAAGCAGGAUGUGGAUGGUGCUCUAGAACUACUUAAUAAAGCUAUUGAAAUGGACCAAAAAUGCCAGUUUGGUUAUGAAACAUUAGGCAGUAUCGAAGUUCAAAGAGGGAAUCUUCGUCGAGGAUUAGAAUUGUUCCAGAAAGCUGUUGAUACUGCCCACACAGAAACAGAAUUGGCUCAUUUAUAUUCUCUUUUACUUGCAGCAAAGGCUCAAGCAAAAGCUGCAGAAAGUUGUGGAUUUAAUCUCGAAUAGCAUUUCCAAAAGAUCAGAGUUAUUAAAUUUUUAGAUGUACAAAUGUUAGAGUUUAUUUUUAUUUUUUUGGACUGUAAACACUGCACAUCACCAUUUAUUGUUAAUUUUAAAAUGUCAUACCUAUUUUGAAGGAAUAAUCAAUUGACUUGUAUUGAGAUCUCAAUUGCAUUAAAUCACUUCUUAGGUUCUGGUUAUAAAGUUCCUUAAAGAGACUUAAAAAUGUAUAUUACUUUAUAGUCACUUAAAUUAUGUUCAUUGUAAUUAAAAUCUUUGCAGUAAAAUAA